CCGGUCGAGCUGCUGGUCACAACAGCUCCUGUCCUCUUACUUCUAUUUUUUACUUUCUUCACUUAUUUAAGUUUACCUUUCUAGUGUUUUGUUAGUAGCAUUAGUGUACACAACCUGUACACAGCUUUUUUAUAGUUUUUCUAAGUUUGGCGCAGUACAAACGCUGUUUUUAAAGCUACGAUGUGCGUCGGGGUCAGAGCGCGCAUUGUUUACACCGCGGAGCAGCUGAUCGCGCUGCGCAGCGCCGUAGUUCUGCCCAGAGACAGACACGAGAUCACCGCUGAGGUGCUGGUGAAGACCCGACGUGGGCGCAGCACCGGAAAACUACGACGGGAGAAAACGAGACGCUUCAGGCCCGCUGUCCCCUCCGUUAUCAUGGGGAACGUGAGAUCUCUCCCCAACAAGAUCGACGAGCUCGCGGCGCUCACACGGUACCAGCCGGAGUACAGAACGAGCAGCGUCCUGCUGUUCACGGAGACCUGGCUGACGUCACUCAUCCCGGACUCGACUGUCGCACUGGACAAUUUUCAUCUGCUACGUGCGGACAGAACGGAGAACAGCGGUAAGAGGAAGGGAGGGGGUCUGGCUGUGUUUGUGAACAUCAGGUGGUGUAUGCCACGACAUUGCACUGUCAAAAUGAAGCCGUGUAACAGAGACAUUGAGCUGUUAGCGGUGGGCAUGAGGCCAUUCUACCUGCCACGGGAGUUCACACACGUUAUAAUAAUUGCUGUGUACGUCCCACCCUCCGCUAACGCUGACACAGCUUCUGAGACCCUGCUCUCAGUCACCAGCAGGCUGCAAACACAGCACCCACAGGCCCUCUUCCUGAUCUCUGGGGACUUUAACCAUGCACCUCCCUCAGCUGCUCUGCCUACAUACACCCAGUAUGUGACCUGGCCCACCAGAGACAAUAAAACACUGGACUUAUUCUAUGCCAACACCAAAGAGGCCUACGCUGCAUCCUCCCUCCCACCGCUGGGCAGAGCUGACCACAACAUCCUGCAUCUCCUGCCUGUGUAUAAACCUGUUGUACACAGGCAGCCGGUGGUGCCCCGCACAGUGAAGAGGUGGACAGCUGAGAGCGAGGAGGCUCUCAGGGACUGUUUUAACACCACUGUGUGGACGGAGCUCUGCGACCCACAUGGGGAGGACAUUAACGCAAUAACAGACUGUGUAACGGACUACAUCAACUUCUGCUGUGAAAACACUGUUCCCACCAGGCGGGUUCGGUGUUUCACCAACAACAAGCCGUGGGUCACCUCUGAUAUUAAAGCUCUGCUAAAGGAGAAGAAGAGAACAUUUAAAUCAGGGGACAGGGAGGAGCUGAGGAGGAAAAUCCGUGAGGGGAAGUCCAGCUACAGGAGGAAGAUGGAGGAGCAGCUGCAGCAGAACAAUGUCAGUGAGGUGUGGAGGAGCCUGAAAACCAUCUCAGGCUUCAAAGCUCCACACCCACAGGCUGAGGGGGACCCGAGCUGGGUCAACGAGCUGAACUCACACUUUAAUAGGUUUGACCAAGCACCCACUCACACCUCCCAGCAGCUGCCUCCGAACCUCUUGUCACCUCAUACCACUGGAUUACCAGCCCCCACAGCCCUUCACACCUGUACACAAAGCCCUCUACCCUCAGCCCUGACGACUGGUGACUCAUCCCAACAACACCCCCUCACUUCACACCACACUGAGACACUCCCUCAACCCCUCACUUCACACCACACUAAGACACUCCCUCCACCCCUAUCCUUCUCCAGCACCCAGGUGAGAAGUGAGCUCAGGAAGAUCAAGGCCAGGAAAGCAGCUGGACCAGACGGCAUCAGCUCCAGACUCCUAAAGUCCUGCGCAGGCGAACUGUGUGGAGUUAUGGAGCAUGUCUUCAACCUGAGCCUCAAGCUGAGGGUGGUACCACAGCUCUGGAAGACCUCCUGCGUGGUACCAGUGCCCAAGACACCGCACGCCAAAGACCCCAGCAGCUUCAGACCAGUGGCUCUGACAUCACACCUGAUGAAGACACUGGAGAGAGUGGUCCUGGGUCACCUCCGCUCUGCGGUGGGAACCUACCUGGACCCGCUGCAGUUCGCCUACCGACACGGCAUAGGAGUAGACGACGCCGUCAUCUUCCUCCUACAUCGAGCUCUUUCCCACCUGGAGAAGCCCAGCAGCUCUGUGGGGAUCAUGUUCUUUGAUUUCUCCAGUGCCUUCAACACCAACCAGCCGGUGCUUUUGAAACACAAACUGGAGGAGGCUGGUGUUGACCUUCAUCUGACAGAGUGGAUUAUGGACUAUCCCACAAACAGGCCUAAGUUUGUGAGAGCCAGGGACUGUGUGUCUGACACUCUGACCUGCAGUGUGGGGGCCCCACAGGGGACUGUACUGGCCCCCUUCCUCUUCACCCUCUACACGUCAGACUUCAGACACAACACGGACAGCUGUGUUCUGCAGAAGUUCUCUGAUGACUCUGCGAUCGUCGGACUGAUCACCGAUGAUGACGAUGCAGAGUACAGAGGACUCACUCAGAACUUUGUGGACUGGUGCCAGCGGAACCACCUCCUCGUCAAUGCAGGGAAAACGAAGGAGAUGGUGGUGGAUUUCCGCAGACAGCAGCCUGCUGUCAUCCCACCGAUGCACAUCCAGGGAAAGGACAUUGAGAAAGUGGACUCUUACAAGUACCUGGGAGUGCAUCUGAACAAUAAACUGGACUGGACUCAUAACACGGAUGCACUGUAGAGGAAGGGUCACAGCAGACUCUACUUGCUGAGGAGACUGCGGUCUUUUGGAGUAAGGGGGCCACUCCUGAAGACCUUCUAUGACUCUGUGGUGGCAUCAGCCAUCCUGUACGGUGUGGUCUGCUGGGGCAGCAGCAUCACAGCGAGGGACAGGAAGAGAUUGGACAGGAUCAUCAAGAAGUCCAGCUCCGUCCUGGGCUGCACUCUGGACACAGUGCAGGAGGUGGUGACAGAAGGGUCCUGGCUAAACUGACAUCCAUCAUGGACCAGGUCUCUCACCCACUGGAGGACUCACUGUCUGCUCUGGAGAGCAGCUUCAGUAGCAGACUGAUCCACCCUCGCUGUGUGAAGGAGAGAUAUCGUAGAUCCUUCCUACCUGCUGCUGUCAGACUGUACAAUCAGAACUGUUGACCACGUCCCACUACAGUCACUCACCCACUGCAUCAGUGGUUUAUAUAGCAACCUGCUCUGCACAAUAUUUGUGUAAAUCUGUGAACAAUCAUGUAUAUUGUUACCGGUACAAAUCUUAUACCCAUUACUGUGCAAUAACCCUGCAAUGACCUCAUACUCACUCUAACUGUACUGUACUACAGGAAGACCAAAUUGCUUAAUUGACAACGGCUGAAAAUAAUGAGCGGAAGUAACGUUAGCACAGGACCUGGUAGAACAGAAAACCAGAAGUUUACAAAAUCAAACAGGAACUGAAGAUGAACAAAACCAUGGACUGUGACAAUUUGUUGAACAGAUUCCAGUUUGUUCAUGUUAAUGAGAAAUUCUCCACAUGCACAAGGAUUAGCUAUGGAGUACCACAGGGUUGUGUACUUGGUCCAAUUCUGUUUAGUGUAUACAUGUCUCCUCUAGGUGAGAUUAAAGGAAGCAUUCCAUAAAUUUUCAUUUUUAUGCAGAUGAUACUCAGCUAUAUAUGUCUUUGGAGCUAAAUAAAACAGAUCAACUAGUAUCAACUAGUCAAAAUUUAAGGUUGUUUAAAAGACAUCAAAUCCUGGAUGUCCCAAAUCUAAAUUCAGAUAAAACAAAAAUUCUUCUCGUUGGGAGAGACACUAUUGAGUCAGAUAGCCACCCUGGAUGACAUAACAUUACAGUAGCUUCAGAUUGUAUUGUGAUGAACCUUGGUGUCAUCUUUGACCAGGAUCUCUCUUUUACAUCAUACAUCAAACAAAUCUCUAGAACCACUUACUUUCAUCUUAGAAAUAUAGCUAAAAUUAGAAGUAUCCUCUCUCAGAGUGAUGCAGACAAACUGAAUCCAGUAUUUGUUACUUCAAGGCUGGACUACUGUAACUCCUUACUCAUACUGUAGGAGUAAGGAGUUACAGUUAAUUCCAGCUAAUUCAAAAUGCUGCAGCCAGAGUUCUGAUGGGACUUAGAAAGAGAGAUCACAUUUCUCCUAAAUUAGCUUCUCUGCACUGGCUGCCUGUAAAAUGUAGGAUAGAAUUUAAAACUCUCCUACUCACCUACAAAGCACUUAAUGAUGAAGCUCCUUCUUAUCUUAAAGAAGGCAAUGAUUGUUAGUCACCGGAACCAUCUCUUAGUUAAUCUGCAAUAGACAUAGACUGCUGGGGGACCUAAUUUAUACACUGAGCUCCUCUGUUUGCUUCUAUUUCUUCUAUCCAAUAACCUCCCACUAUUGUUCUAUGUUAAACUAACCUUGUCUCUUUCUCUGUAGUAGUUGUGCUUCUCACUCUCUCCCCCAAUUUGUCCUCACCUACAGGUAUCAUCGGACUCAGAGCUAUAUGUCUGUGAUGGGCAGCUGCGCAUCCAACAGUCCUGCCUCUGUCGGGUCUCUGGUCGAACCAUCGUGCCUGUGCUCUGUUGUUGCUUGUUGUUGUUGCUGUGCUUUUCUCUCUGUCUAUCUCUCACCCCAACAGGGGCCCGUUUCAAGAAGGUGGUUUUGUUGAAACUCUGAGUUUGUUAACCCCGAAAUAAGGAAAACUCAGAGUUUUCGGUUUCAGAAAGCGGGGUUACUUAAACCCGUAAAGCGGGGUAAGUUUAAGCCCGUUUCAAGAAGCGAGGUAAUCGAAACUCAGAGUCAGUUACUAUGGCAACUUACUCUGUGAACCAAACCUGGUCGCGAGCAGGUUUUAUUCGGGAAACCCAGAGUUUCCUUCUGUCUCCGCCCCUUUUUAAAGUGAACAGUGUCAAAAUGCCUCGUUUAAUCUUUCAGUACAUUCAUAGAUUUCACCUGUUUACUUCGCGCAGAGACCAAAAUGUCCGUUUCUAGAGGAUCCUGUAGAUGAGGACGCUGUAUUAAUUCACACGGCAUUGAAUUUACGCCGCGAGAGGAUUUUAACGCCACGAGUUAAUUUUCUGUCAUAUCGCCGUGCAUAUUUAUUUGAGCGGUACUGUUUUUAUCGAGACUCCAUACAUACAUUAAUAAUCUUAUUCACCCAUACGUCAAACACAUCACCCAUCGUGGCCGCGCUUUUACAUCCGAACAGAUUCUUUGUGUUGCGUUACGUUUUUUUUUUUGCAAACGGUAGUUUUCUUUAUAACAUUGGAGACGCUGAGCACAUUAGUGAAGCCACUGUAUGUAGAAAAAAUCGACCUCAAGCGCUUUCCUUGACACAAACUCCUUAAAGCCAUUAAAGAGGAGUUUCACAGUAUUGCAGGUAUGUGGUAAUUAAUUUGUUUCAUUGAGGCUAAUCUGAAAAAUGAUGAUCAGUUAAUAAUAUCUUGCUGUGAUCUGAAAUAAACUGAUAAAUGUGCAGGUUCACUGACUACUCUUUCUAAUGGUCACUGUAACUGACAUUACAUUGUUAACAUCACCAAGAUCAUAUGUGAUGCUGCACAUAUCAUAAACGUGAACUCAUAAAUAUAUAGUGAGUCAACCCUAAGUAACAGGCUGCACUGUGGUAAGUACAUGUAUGUCCUAUACACUUAUUUCAAAGCAUGCACUGACACUCACAAGAACACUUCUAUGCAGCACUAAAGUAAUGUGAACUUUCUUCUAGGAGAGAUUGACGGCUUUCUGCUGGAGAUAGGGGUUAAUGGCAGCCCACACUACUGACCCCUCACCCAGAACCUGAAGCAGAACCCCAGCAGCGCUUUAACGUGUCACGGCAGAACAAGAGCCCGGGUGGAAAUGACCAUAGGCCUGUUGAAAGCACGUCUUCAGUGUCUACGUCACCUCAGGGAAACACCUGAGAGGCCUGUGACAUUAAUGUGACAUGUGUUGUUCUCCACAUUAUUGCAAUUAUUAGAGAGGAGCAACACCCUGCCCUACAAAUACAAGACCCUGAGGAGACUCCUUCCAUUACAGUGAUCUGCAGAGUGGAUGGACAGAUUUGCUUUAAUGUCUUAAUCAACCAUCACCACCAACAAAAGAAACUGAAUAGAUAAUUGAACUCUGGCAUUUACUGAACAUCACUGAACUGUGUGCAUCUGUGCAGCAGAAUGUGACAGACCCUCCUCCUGCUGUUCUUUCACACUCUGGGGCAGAGGGGAGAUAAUAAAGUCACUACACUUGGAGAUCAAGUUACAUCCUUUAAGCUACGCAACACAAACAUCAGAAAUCAUGUGAUGUGUAUAAACUGUAUUAAUAUUACACUUUAUAAUACUGCUUAUCAUAAUUUAAGCUUUAUUUAGUAGUAUACUCACAACAUCCUGGGCUUCUGCUGUGACAGGAGGAUUCAUAUAUUACCAUCAGAAUCUGCUAAGAGAAGAAAAGUAAAAGAAACUAAGAAAUGGAUAUACCAAAAGUAGCCUGUGUAAAAAAUCAAAUAUAUAGGUAGACCUCUUACAUUUUACACAUGCACUUGUAUCCUGGGGAGUGACGGGUUCUGAUGAAUUCCUUCAGCCUCUGCUUUCCAGUGUUCAGGCUGAGGGCUUUCUCCUCUGCAUGUGUCAGAGGUGGAGGUGCAGGUCCUCCACCAGUUGUUCUAGCCUCUGCCUUCUUUCUGUUGGCUGAGUAGAAGUCAAAUGUUUAACUGUGUGAAAACAUUACAGUUGAAAAUGCUGCUGCACUGCUAUACUCUGCAUGCUAUUUAGUUAUUCAAUAUGUCAAAUAUUGUAAAGUCAGAUAGUCUACACCCAUAACAUGAUGGUGCCUUAUACCUGUUUGAAUUAUGUUUUUACAUUUCAUUUUUAGCCACGUUCUUCUAUGUCUGCAGGA